UCCACUGCUUCCUCUGUGAACGCGCAGUACCAUUAAACCACAAUGAGCUCAAGCAGCCGCGACGCCUCUGAGGUGUUAGUCUUCAGCUCUGCUGCGUUGCGUUUCCUUCUAUAUUGGUUUCAGAAUAUGUAACGUCUGGUUUCGAGGAGCACAUGCGUGCGCUUCCACUGCGCGGAGCAACAUUUCAUCUGAGUUUCGAGCCUCAUAACUGCACGGCGCUUGUUUUCAUUCAAACUCGUUUCCUUUUAUUUGCAUCUCCACUCGGCGACUUUACACUUUCGCGAAGGUUCCACUGGAAGACGCGUGUUUUUAUUCAAUUAUUAUUGUUAUUUGCUUAAAUCCUCGGCUGUAAACACCUGUUUCCUGCACAAUGCGUGCGAGUUCUAGAUUAUCUUCUUUCGUUUUGCUCGGUCGUCCUUGAACGAGACUGAAAACCAGAAUAAGAGGGCUCUUGAAUCUGUCCACGCGUGAAAAAUGCCCGUGCGCCGCGGACAUGUCGCUCUCCAGAACACCUAUCUGGACACCAUCAUCAGGAAAUUCGACGGGCAAAAUCGUAAAUUCUUAAUUGCCAAUGCCCAGAUGAAGAACUGUGGGAUCAUCUACUGCAAUGAGGGCUUCUGUCAGAUGUUUGGCUUCUCGCGGGCGGAGAUCAUGCAGCAGUCCUGCACGUGUCAGUUUCUGGUGGGGCCGGGCACUAUGAAGAGCGCCCUGGCACAGCUGGCACAGGCUCUGCUCGGCUCAGAGGAGCGCAAAGUGGAGAUCCUCUACUACUCUAAAGAAGGGACUUGUAGGCCAUGUUUGAUUGAUGUCAUCCCGGUAAAGAAUGAGGAAGGAGUCGUGAUCAUGUUCAUCCUAAACUUCCAGGAACUUUUAGACCCGUCCAUGAAGAAAGGUGGUCUGAAACAGCGCAUGGCGAACAGCUGGCUGCGGGCAGGUCAGCGACGCAAGAUGCAUCUGAGGAUGCCUUCUCUCCGUGUCAAGCGGCAGCCAUCUCUUCCUAAAGACCACUUUGAGGGAGUAGUGGUGGAUUACCUACAGCCUUCUCAUGAGGAGGUGGCCCUCAAAGAUCUUCAGAUGUCUCCAGACAGCUGUUUAAAGUCAGAGACGCAGGCCCUGAUUCAGCAGACCCCGUCAUCCUGUGAACUCUCACCGCCACCCUCACGGCCCUCAGACCGGCUGGAGCCCAGCGGACCCCUUCUCAAACACAGCCACUCCAGAGAGAGCAUGCACAGCCUGCGCCGGGCGUCCUCGCUGCACGACAUCGACGGCAUGAGGGACCAGUGGAGCGAUAUGAAGCCCAGUAAUUUAAACUCCACAUCAGACUCUGAUUUGAUGCGGCACCGCACCAUUGGCCGCAUCCCGCAGGUGACAAUAUCCUUCGGCUCGGACCGCCUCAGACCACCUUCCCCUACUGAGAUCGAGAUCAUCGCGCCCAGCAAGAUUAAAGACCGCUCACAGAACGUCUCUGAAAAGGUCACUCAAGUCACACAGGUCUUGUCACUCGGGGCAGAUGUGCUUCCGGAGUACAAGCUUCAAGCUCCCCGCAUUCACAAAUGGACAAUCCUACACUACAGCCCAUUCAAGGCAGUGUGGGACUGGAUCAUCCUGCUGCUGGUGCUCUACACGGCAGUCUUCACGCCAUACUCAGCUGCGUUCCUCCUCAACGAGCAGGAGGAUGAGAGGAGACGCACCUGCGGCUACACCUGCAACCCUCUGAACGUGGUGGACCUUGUGGUGGACGUCAUGUUCAUCAUCGACAUCCUCAUCAACUUCAGGACCACAUACGUCAAUCACAACGACGAGGUGGUCAGCAACCCCGCCCGCAUCGCUCAGCACUACUUCAAGGGUUGGUUCCUCAUAGACAUAGUGGCUGCCAUCCCCUUCGACCUGCUCAUUUUCAGAUCCGGUUCAGAUGAGCCUCAAACCACAACUCUGAUUGGUCUGCUGAAGACUGCACGGCUGCUGCGACUGGUGCGAGUAGCGAGGAAACUGGAUCGUUACUCUGAGUAUGGAGCGGCGGUGCUCUUCCUCCUCAUGUGCACCUUUGCUCUCAUCGCCCACUGGCUGGCGUGCAUCUGGUACGCCAUCGGCAAUAUGGAGCGCACCAGCUCUGCCCGCAUAGGAGGCAUGAAGAUCGGCUGGCUGGACAACUUAGCUGACCAGAUUGGCAAGCAGUACAAUGACAGCAAUACUUUCUCUGGCCCCUCCAUCAAGGAUAAAUAUGUUACUGCAUUGUACUUCACCUUCAGUAGCUUGACCAGUGUGGGCUUCGGAAAUGUGUCUCCAAACACCAACCCUGAGAAGAUUUUCUCUAUUUGCGUCAUGCUUAUUGGCUCUCUGAUGUAUGCCAGUAUCUUUGGCAAUGUGUCUGCUAUCAUUCAGAGGUUGUAUUCUGGCACCGCACGAUACCACACUCAGAUGCUCCGUGUGAAAGAGUUCAUCAGAUUUCAUCAGAUCCCAGGGGGCCUUCGGCAAAGACUAGAGGAGUAUUUCCAGCAUGCCUGGUCCUACACCAAUGGCAUCGACAUGAACGCUGUGCUGAAGGGUUUUCCGGAGUGUCUACAGGCUGACAUCUGUCUGCAUCUGAACCGCAGUCUGCUUCAGAACUGUAAGGCAUUUCGGGGGGCUAGUAAGGGCUGUCUACGGGCUCUGGCUAUGCGCUUUAAGACCACUCAUGCCCCUCCCGGCGACACUCUGGUGCACAGUGGAGACGUACUGACUGCACUCUACUUCAUCUCCCGUGGCUCCAUAGAGAUCCUCAGAGACGAUGUGGUUGUGGCCAUUUUAGGUAAGAAUGAUAUUUUUGGGGAGCCCAUCAGCCUGUAUGCCAGGCCAGGGAAGUCAAGCGCUGAUGUAAGGGCUUUGACAUACUGUGACCUGCACAAGAUCCUGAGGGAUGACCUGCUGGAGGUCCUGGACAUGUACCCUGAUUUCUCCAACAACUUCUGGAGCAACUUAGAGAUCACGUUCAACCUCCGAGAUGUAGACAGAAUCAUGCACCCAACACCAAGCGAGGACUCAGACUGUGGGUACCGGCGGCCCAGACACCGGAGGAACCCCCUACAGCGAAAUCGACCUGAUGGGAUGGACCGGGAUGGGAUGGACACAUACCCAGUCCAGCCCUGUUCUCCUGUGGGGAACCACCGGGGGGCGAUACCGCUGUCACGCUGGGAUGAGUUGUGCAGUGAUGGCAGCGCUGCUUCUCUGUCCAGUGAAGAGGACAUGAAGCCCCUGGUGUCCGGCCGGGGGGAGAUGUGCUCACUGGGCACAGAGAUGCAGGAAUUCUCCCCUUCCGCAGUCAGUCUUAUGCCCUCCGCCCACAGCACUGCUUCUGCCAUGGCAGGACCGCUCACAGGGGCACAUCAGUACACAGCAGCUCCUCUGAACAUGUCAGGGUUAUACAGCUAUUUGUCGGACCGCAGAGCUAGUGAGUACUCAGAGAGACAGAGACGUUCCUCUGCGGUGCAGGCCUGCUAUCACCAUCAUAGCCCCUGUGUGGAGGACAGACCAAGUCAGCUGCAGGCCCGAUUGGAGCUGCUGCAGUCGCAACUCAACAGACUGGAGACCAGGAUGACGGCUGAUAUAAAUGUGAUCCUGCAGCUGCUGCAGAGGCAGAUGGCACCUGUUCCUCCAGCCUACAGUGCCGUCUCUCCUGAUCCGCUGGCACACCCGGCCCCCCCGGCCCACCCCACCAGUCUCUACACUACAGCAGUACACAACAUCACACCCUCCCUACAGAUCACUGACGCUCCUUCACCUGGAAAGAGUCCUGAUGUGGACAGCUUGAAAGAGAAGUCUCCAGACUCUCUGUCCAGCGGGAUUCAUCUGACGGUGGCUUCCACUGACACCAUGUCCAUGUCUCCAGAGACAGAGCUGUCGGUACCCUCGGCUGGGCCUCUACUCCAGCCUCCAGGCCUGCUGUGCAGUAGCCUGCGCUUUCCGUCACUCCCAGACAGCCUGGAGGGUCCUGGCACACUGGAGGGGUCACUUGAAAUCCAGAGGCAUGUGUCUGAUCCAGUCUUACCCGGAAGCUAGAGGUCAAAAAGCAGACUAUUGUUCAUUGUGAGAAACAUAUACUCCACGGUUCCCAAUAUUGCACUUUUGCAACAAAAUGUAUUCAUUAGGACGUCCGUUAGAGCAAAUGAGCCGAUUUCUUUGAAUCUCUGAGGUUUGUCUCAUAUCCCUUCUCACUAAGAGCAGGAAGUUCUCUUCUGUCGCGACAGUAUUUGGUAAAUUUUGUUUGCUACCGAAUAUGCCAAAAAGCGCAGUGGGCAAUAAAGACGAGAUCGAAGAGUCAAAGAGAGAUGCUACAUUACGUUCACCUGCCUCUUGUUUGUUUGUGUCUGGAUUGAAAUUGUCCUCUUAGUCUAAACCUCAUUUUGUCUGCUUUCGUCAACUGAGAUUCACAAGACAGAUUCACCAAAAGCAGAACAAAAAAAAAAACGUUCAAAGUUUUUCUUUUCAGUGUGUACAUUUUCGAAUUAUAUAUAUUUUUGUGUGUGGUUAGCAGUUUG